GACGGCAGUUGAUUUGCAUCAACUUGCACGCAAGAGUACUUUCCAGUCGAGGCUUACCAGAAACUUGUCGUUAAGUUGACCGAAAAUAUUUCACUGCAAAACUUGCUGAGCAAUUAUAUUUUUGUUUCCUAUACCUUGAUUAAAAACUACGAUUGAAACCAAUGAAUUCCGAUUGAAAGUCUAUCGGAUUUCAAUCGGAAUUCAGCGGUUUUAAUCGGAAUUUUUAAUUAGGGUUGUGUGUAGUCACAAUACAGUCAGGAAAGACCGAAAAUCACCGACAAUUCCCGACAGCGACUUGCUCUCUGAGGAGUAGACUUUAGAUGUUUUUGAAUAUAAGCAGCUCAAACAAUCUCAUAACCUUACUAUUUAAAAAAAAAUUAUAUGUCGAGGAUAGAUAUAUUAUUUUGAUGUUAUAAAAAAUAAAAAAUAUAUAGAUAUAAACUAAUAUAAGAUAUUAAAAAAAUAAUUUUAACGACAAUGGACAAAUCUGAAAUUGAACCUAGAAAAAAUUUGUCGAGUCCAAUACCUGGAUUGACGGUAAACAUUAAUAUAUUAAUACAGGAUAGAGCUAUAAUAAUGCCAGAUAUACCUGAAAUUUCAUUAUUUUCCAACAACUGUUUUUCACCGGCUCAAAUUAAAUCAUCAAAUUGUCAUAAUUAUUCAUAUCAACAACAACAAAAACAAAAAAGUCGACCUGAGUUAUUACUAAUUAAAGAACAAUGCGGUACAAUAACGAUUCCUAAUAACAAUAGUUGUAGAUAUGAAAAUAAGAAAAAUAAUAGUAAUAAUAAACAAGAAAAUUUAAAACAAUUAAAAUCAAUGCCUGAGUGUACGCCAGAUGAAUUAUUCAAUAAACAACAGAAUGGUCAUGAUCUACGAUUCAAAUUUUACCAAAAGCUUAAAGAAACUAAAAAUAUUAUUCCUGUAUCUACAAAUAAAAUAUUAAGAUCUAAUGUUGGACCUGUAUAUAAACAUAUAUCUGAGAAUUAUCUACAAAAUAAAUCUUCAUCACUUAAUAAUAAUAGUAAUAACAACAAUUCUCAAAUUAAUUAUGAUAAUUUAAAAUUACUAUUGUCAUUAAUUAAGUCACAAAAUCAACAAAUAAAGUCAUUAAAAAUUCAAAUUAAAGCAUUACUAUCAAUUUAUGAAAGGGAAAAAUAUAAUAAAAAAAAAGUCGUAUUACUUAAUCCACAUGGAAAUAAUUUAGAAUUAACUUCAAAUGACCCAAAAUUACAAGAAACAAAAGUAUCGAUAGGUGUUAUGACGAGUUUUGAAUUUACAUUAAAAAAAAAACCUAAUGAAUUAACAACGUCUAAGGCAAUUAUUAAUUUGUCAUCAAAUAAUAAUAACAAUAAUAAUAAUCUGAAUGUAUUAGAAUCAAAAAUCAAUAGUCCAGAACCUGUAAGAGUAUCUGAAACCAGACUUAUAGCAAAUUCAAAUAGCAAUAAAAAUAAUGGUGAUGAUGAAUGUUUGCUUAUUGAUAAUAAUAAUAGUAAGCCAAUGGCUAAAUCAUCAUCUAAAGUAGGAUGGACUUUUUACAAUAAUAUGAUGUGUCAAGUAAAUGAGCUUCUUGAUACUCAAAAUGAUAUUCAGUGUCAACAACAUCAUUAUCAUACUCAACAAUCAUUUAUUCAUGAUAGUGGACAACAGAGAUCUAUGAUGCAACAAUGGAAGAUAUUUAAAGCUACUAUGACAACUGGAUUGACUGACGAUAAAAUGAUUUCUUCCGAUGAAAAAACUAAUUAUGAUUCGUCGUAUUAUCCGAGAGUACAUUAUAAACAAAAUAUUGUCCAGACUACUAAUUCAAUAAUUGAUGAUAAUACAAGCAUUCAUAUGCGUGCUCUAGCAUUUAAAUAUCUUGGUCAUGGUUAUGAUACUACUAAUCUACAAGGAUUAAAUAAAUUAAUGAGCGUUAUUGGUAGCCCGAUUAAUAAUGGUGGUAACAAUCAAGAUACAUCAAUCAAUAAUAUCAUCAACAAUGAACGAUAUCGUAAUUUAUUAGCUUUAAAAAAUACUGAUGAACCAUCAGGAUUUAAUUACGAAGGACUGAAAGAACAUCAACAAAAUAUUUUAGAUAUUCCAGUAUUGAAACGUCAACCUAAAUUAUUGUAGUAAAAAUUACUAUCAGUCAUAUGUAUAUACAUUGAUUAAAAGUUAUUUAUAUACUAAAAUUUUUUAUUUUCAUAGCAUUUGUAUAAUUAUUAAAAUUUUUAAAUAAUAAAAUUAGUAAAUGUUCA